CCCGCACAAUAGUGGGGAGAGCUUUGGCUGCUAAGAACUCGCCUGCAUGACUACGACGAACAAGACCCGUACCAGCAUAUUUAUUUAAAGUAGACAUUGAUGCAUCAACAGUGAUGGAUAACUAACCUAUUGAAGGAGGAGUCCAUUGCAUGGGCGUAGCAGAUGGCCUAGUUUGUGCAUGUGACAAAUGACGUGAUGUAAUGUCUAUACAAAAGAGUUACAAUAGUUAUAAACGCAUUGAACAUUAUGAACUGGAUUAGGUCUAAUGUGUUGGAAAACUAAAGAAUAUUGAUCUUUCCAAAUAUGCCACAUUGUAACUACCACCAUGCUAGUUAAAGAAGCCUGCUUAAAAGAUAUUGGAUUCUGCUGAUUGGUCCAAGAAUGAAUCCACUCUUGUAAAUUGCUGGCUAACUAAAUGUGGUACAGAAUAUAAUCAUAAAUUGCAAACCAAACAGCUCGGGGAAACGUACAAUGUAUAAAAAGAUGAAUUGCAGUUUCAAUUUCAACACCACAAAUAGGACAAAGCUGAACUUGAUUUGAUGAAUUAUUGAAUAGGCAUAAUUUCCAUAUGAAGAGCUGCAGUUUGUACGGGAAUUUCAAGUGCCAAAUUUUGAGCCAAAAAGUUCCUGAAAAGGGGGUUGAAAUAGACAUAGCUUGUUGGUGUUGCAAAUAAGAUGUUUCUAGGUAGAACUUACAGAAAAAUGCCCAGAUUCUGUAAGAGACCACUGCAACAAAUCUUUAGUAUUUGGAAACAGCCGGAUCUGCUGGAUAUGAGUAAUUUAUUCCAGGGGUAGAGUAAGCUUGAAGUUGAACAACAUUCCACCCGUGAUUAUCAAGAAAUGAGAAAGAGUUGUUGUAGUACCAAUUAUGCUUUCAAGGAUGAAUGAAAGUACUAUCACCAACAAUCCAGAUGUAAUGUUGCCUAACAAUCUGUAGUCCCUGAUGUAUACUUCUCCAUAUCCAACUACCAGUUGUUGGUAGAUCAUAGAAGUUGGACCCAAGGAGCAUCUGGUUCGGUUACUAAUCUCCGGGGCUAAUUUCAUCAACAUAGAAAGGUUAAAAAAGGUGGUUAAUCCGCAAUCGAAGGAUUUAAGGUGGCUGAUCCCCUGAUCGAGCUUGUGUAGGUAGAUGUUGCCUGGUAGGGCCGAUAGUAGUACACUGUGUGGGACGGAGUCAGGGUCGUUCAUUUUUCGGCGUCCGGCUCCUAAAAUUUUCUGGGUGUGAUAAAAGAACUUGGGAUCGUCGAUCUCUUCGAGAUGGCCGUCUUCUGUCCCCCUGUCGGUGGGGAAUCCACUCCCGGGUCAUUCAAGAUCGAAGAAAGCCGUGACUCUCCUUCUUUUCAAGUUUUGAAUCUGCUCGUGAGCGUAAUGGUAUCCAUCAAUUUCUCUAUUCUAGUACUUAGUAUCCUAUCAGUUUGAUUGAUUGCACUGUUUAUUAAGGAGUAAGGACAGGGAUGAAUAGUGUUAACAACAAUUAUCCUUGCUUGCCUAGUUCCUCCACCUCCUGCGUUCCUGGCGCUUAUUCAGAAACCCCAACUCAACAAUUUCCUAUUGGUGAUGGAGGCGUUUAUGUGGACGAUUACGAACCUGUACAUCAUGAAGAUGAUGAUAUUGGUGGUGGGGGUGUUUACACGGACGAUUACGAACCUGUACAUUAUGAAGAUGAUGAUAGUGGUGAUGGAGGUGUUUCUGUGGGCGAUUACGAACCUGUACAUCAUGAAGUUGACGAUAAGUGGAUCAUCGAACCUGAUGACGAUGGUUUGGGCUUUUAUGAUUCUUCUUCUGAAGAAGAUAAUUCAGUAUGUGAAUCAUUCAAAAGUCUAUCCGUCUCAAAGACGAUUUGCUGCAAGACUAGUAAGAGUUUACCAUUAAUGAAACGAGAACAAGUGGAAAUCGUUCCUGGAGAUAUGUAUGUUAUUAAUGUGGAUGGCUAUUACAGGAAGUGGUGUAAAGGAAGCAGAGCAAAGGGCGGAUAUGGUGUAAUUAUUCGUCGUAUGGAUGGCGAAUCCAUUAUUGCUAAAACUGGGUGUGCACAAGUUGGUGUUUCAGAAUUUUUCACACAGUGCAGGGUAUUAUACAGGGCUUAGAGCUUGUCAUCAGGUACCCUGGUAUUACUCGAAUUUACAUAACUUGCAAUUCUGAAUUCGUGAACAGCAACGUAAAUCAUUGUUUCGUAUCCAACAAACUUGGAAGUUGCACUGUGUAUCCAAUGGGUUCACCUUUUUAUCACUUCGAUGUGUUUUGUACAAAUUGUUUGGGGUAUAAUGUGUCCAGUGAUGUUUGAUACCAUCUUUGAAUACAUGAAAGUUAUUGUGACACUAGGGAAGCCAUAUUAUCGCGGCGGUAUAGCAACCUAUAGUGAGAGAGAUAUGAAAAAACCAGCUGAUUACCUUGCAAAAAUGCAACUUUCUAUAGGGGGAGAAGGAAUUUGAACCUCAUGAAUUUCCAAGUGAGUUGAAGGAGCUUGUUGAAGAGGAUGGCUUUUUGCUUACUUAUCCUCUCUAAGAAGAAGAUAUUACUCAGGGACGGACCCAGAAAGUUUGUA